AUGUUCAAAUACCUCCGCAGGAGAUUCACCAGAAACCUAACAGAGCGUAAUCGUCAGAGAGCUCGUCUUGUCUCUAAAGAUGGGAGGUGUAACAUAGAAUUUGGAAAUGUCAAGGAACAUUCAAGGAUUGGCUUCCUUGUGGAUAUUUGGACAACUGUCCUUGACCUUAAGUGGAGGUAUCAGAUGACCAUCUUUAUUUCAGCCUUUCUGGGAAGCUGGUUCCUCUUUGGCUUGUUGUGGUACGCUGUCGCAUACAUGCACAAGGAUCUUCCUGAAUUUUCACCCAGUGAGAAUCAUGCUCCUUGUGUGCAGAACAUCAAUGGACUGACAUCGGCCUUUCUCUUCUCACUUGAGACUCAGGUCACUAUUGGCUAUGGCUUCAGAUGUGUGACUGAGCAGUGCGGUGAAGCCAUAUUCCUCUUGGUAACUCAAUCCAUCCUUGGAGUCAUCAUUAAUUCCUUCAUGUGUGGUGCCAUCUUGGCCAAGAUCUCCAGACCAAAGAAACGAGCCAAAACCAUCACAUUCAGCAAGAGUGCUGUCAUCAGCAAGCGUGGGGGAAAACUGUGUCUCCUGAUUCGAGUAGCCAAUCUCAGGAAAAGCCUUCUGAUUGGCAGCCAUAUUUAUGGAAAACUUUUGAAAACCACAGUGACCCUAGAGGGUGAAACCAUCAUAAUGGAUCAAGUCAACAUUGAUUUUAUUGUUGAUGCUGGGAACGAGAAUCUAUUCUUCAUAUCUCCUCUCACCAUCUAUCACAUCAUUGACAAAACCAGUCCCUUUUAUGAGAUGUCUGCUGAGACCAUCAAGCAGCAAGACUUUGAGUUGGUGGUCUUUUUAGAUGGCACAAUAGAAGCCACCAGUGCCACCUGCCAGGUGAGAACCUCUUACAUCCCAGAUGAAGUAUUCUGGGGCUACAGGUUUGCCCCCAUUGUCUCCAAAUCUAAAGAAGGGAAAUACAGAGUUGAUUUCUCCAACUUUGGUAAGACUGUGCAGGUGGACACUCCGCAUUGUGCCUACUGCCUGCAGACUGAGAAAGAAGCCAAACUCAAAGAGAAGAAAGCUUAUGACAACCCUGGAUUCCAACUUAAUGAGGUCAAUGAGACCAAAAUGUAA